UUCAGCAUUGUCAAUAAAAACAUAACAAAACAGACCAGUAAUGUCUUGGUUUGGAACUGCAAAAUACCCUCAAUUUGAGGAGAAAAUAAAGGAUGCGACAUCCGAAUCAAUUCCCAACGGUGAAAUUGAUUUUGCCACAGCAUUAGAGGUCAGCGAUAUGAUUCGCUCGAAACAAGUGCCGCCAAAGGAGUCAAUGAGAUCACUAAAAAGAAGAUUUUUGGAAGCUGAAAAUGUGAACACGCAAAAGUCCGCUUUCAAACUGAUUGAUUUUUGUAUCAAAAACGGUGGAGAACAUUUUAUCAAUGAAAUCGCUUCCAAAGAGUUCAUGGACCCGUUGGUUGCUCAAUUGAAAGAAAAAACUAUAAAUGAAGGUUUAAAAUCCUAUCUUUUAGAACAUAUUCAAACCUGGUCAAUAAUGGUCAGUAAAGAUCCCAAGUUUGAUUAUAUUAAUAAAACAUAUAGGAAACUACAAGACGACGGAUUUGAGUUUCCCAUGAUUAGUGAUGUUAUCGACUCAACCAUGAUAGAUUCAAAAGUGGCUCCAGAAUGGCAAGAUUCUGAUGCUUGUAUGAUGUGCUCAAAAAUGUUUACUUUCAUAAAUAGAAAACAUCAUUGUAGAUCCUGCGGUGGUGUUUUUUGCGCACAGCAUUCUAGCAAGUCUGUAGAAUUGCCUGAGUUGGGGAUAAAUAUUCCAGUGAGAGUUUGUGAUAAUUGCUAUACUGACCAAAAAGCAAAGAGGAAGAAGAAUAAGCGCAACAAAAGACAAUCUGAUUCUAAAUCAUUAGAUUCAAGAAAUGUUGUUGAAGACACAGAUGAUGAAAUUAAGAGAGCAAUCGAACUGUCGUUAAAAGAGACAGCAGCUAAAAAUUCACACGACACGACUUCAAAAGUUAACGCAACUGUGACUCAAGAUGAGGAUGAGGAUGAGGAUGAAGCUAUGAAGGCUGCAAUUGCUGCAAGUUUGCAAGAUUUGAAUAAUAAAAAUUCCAAUGGCAGCGAUAAGCUUGAAGCUAUAAAAGAACCAGAAGUACAGAAAGAUUCUUCAACAGGGCUCUACUCUAAUUUGAUGUCAGACAGACCGUAUGUCCCUACAAGCAGCUCACUUUCUUCCCAACAUACUGUUCAAGAAAGGCCUCCAAUUUCUUAUUCACAGCAGCAACAAUAUUUCCAAGCGCCACAACCUCAGGCGCAGCUCCAACCUCAUUCUCUCUCUCAGCCGCAACUACAGCUCCAGCAUCAAAAACCGUAUGAACAGCGUCGGGAUGAUAUGUACGUGGCCUCCAAUUCGAACACAAUCAGAGGCAUUGACGAAACAAAGGUAGUGGACUUUAUUCAAUUACUAGACAAUCUCAAGGGUGACCAAUAUCGAAUCAACACAACCGAUCCAAGAAUCAUUCAGCUUCAUUCAGAUAUGGUUCUUCUUCACCCUAAAAUAGGAGCAGCCAUAGCUAAUGAACACUCCGAAAUUGAGAAGUUCCAAUCUUUAUAUUCAAAACUAUUUGCAAUCAGCAGACUUUAUGAUGAUAUUCUGCAAAGUAGACUAAAACAAGAACAGGAUAUGCUAAAAUCACAGCACAAUAGUUUAGGGCCUCCUCAGUCGUAUGGGCGCUCUCCAUACCAGCAACACAUCCCACCAUAUUUGAAUCAACCUGUGCAGUAUUUAUCGCCUCAAUCAACGUUUAACCAGCACCCUCAAGUCCAUCAAUUACAAGCAUACCAGUCCCAAUCCGGCACUUUUCAAAUCGAUGAGCUUCCCACACACAACAUUGUUAAUACUUCCCAAAGCAUAUCUCCACAAGCAACAUGCAUUAGCCCCAGCUCGCAAUUCACCAUCCCAUCCACUUAUCCUAUACCAGCACCAUCAGGAACAAAUCUAGAAGCGCAACAACUCUUACAAAUGGUUCCUUCUUCACCAUACUCUCAUAAAGUGUCCGCAGAAGAGAUACCGAGAGUGAAAGACUUUUCUGAUGGAAAGCUUCCUAUAUCAGAACACCUCCGUUAUGCAAGUGUACCCGAGACAGUAUCAGAAGGCCCGCCUUCACCUAAUCAAGCAGAGCCUAAAGUAUCAGAAACUGAGAUGCAUCAUGUUACAGCUCAACUUAAAAAAGAGCCUGAAAUUGUCAACCUUAUUGAUUUGUAACUUUAUAACUGGUUUGUAAUUACGAUUUAUAACCCUCAUGUUUAAGUUAAUGGUCAACUGACCUGUUAAGCCAAACUUUUAUCCUCC